AUGAUCGGCGAUACGACAGCUUAUGUACAGCUGACAGCCGCGACAUCUCGCGACAUCUCUCUUUUCUUCCCUCUUCAGCGUACCGAGACUAACGGUGGCGACGAGAACAUGGUCGCUACCGCUAGGUUUACACGCCUUUUGUGGAUUGUCGUUCCUACUUUCGCCAUCACGUUCAUCGUGUUCUAUGUCGACUCUCGCUCCUCCUUCGUGGACAAUCCCCCGCCUCGCAAACCACCUCUCAAGAACCUCCUCAAGAUCCACGAACGCCCAUUCCUUUGUGACCACAACGAACACACUGUAACAGCUACAACCACAAGGACUGUCAUUAGUCCUCCCCAGACUACCACCAUCGUCAAAUCUCCAACGCACACCCCGUCUACCUUCCAGGACAUGUUUGGCUUUCCUCUGGUUGACCCAAAGGACGCCUCGCCUUUACCCAACGAGGCUGUAUCGGGCCCGUCUGCCCGCCAUUUCUACCGCAAGGACGGGUUAUUGGAAGUUAACCCCGAUGCACCCCAUCCUAUCUUUGAAUUAAUGGAGCAGGCUGAGAAGAACUGGGAUGAGAAGAAUAAUAAGGCGAGUCGAACACUGCGCGAUGCCUGCAAGGAGUAUGAGAGGCGGUAUGGAAGGAAGCCGCCGAAAGGCUUUGAUCUAUGGUGGGCCUACACCAAGGCAUACAAUGUUGCGCUACCGGACGAGUACGACCAAAUAUAUCGCGAAAUUGAGCCCUAUUGGGGGGCUGACCCACGCCAAUUGCAGCAAUCUCAGCGAGAAAUCGAGGACGGGUGGGACGCUAUCACGCUGGGGAAAGACAAGCCCGAGGACCCGAUCAGUUUGCUCAAGCACACUGACCGCACGUCGAACAUUGAGUCCCAUUUGUCGCUGGGGGUGCCUGCGAUCUUGAAAUUGCUUGAAGAAGUGCAGGACUACCUUCCUCCAUUUCGAGCGGUGUUCAACCUGCAUGAUAAUCCUUCGAUUCACAAGGAUUACGAACUGUUCCAGAUGGGAAUCCAGGCAGCCAAGGAGGGAAGAUACAUUGACUUCGAUAAACCUCCUCCAGAGAAAUUGGACGGCUGGAAGUCAGCGUGCGCGCAAGACUCCCCUGCCUGGGUCAAUGAGAUCAGAUACACAAAUCCCCUUCCUCCACUUCCCGAGCUUCUCGUGAUGAAGUACAAGUCCCCGUAUGCCUCGCCGUCGACGCCCUUGGAUUCCCAGGUUCCUAAAACGUUCAUUCACAACCACCGACUCACCAUGGACCCAUGUCUUCAUCCAUCUCACCUGCUAACUCAUGGUCAAUUCCUCUCACAUGGAACCGGCCCCAUCCCGAAACGCAAGUUCAUCCCCGUGUUCAGCUACAGCCCCACCCUUUUGCAUACCGACUUCACGCUUCCGAUGACCCAUGGUUUCGUCGGAGAUAUCUUACCACGGAGCAAUGAUCCCGAGUUCGAUGAAAAAGAGGACCAGCGCUUGCAGUGGAGAGGGAGCAACACCGGUAUAUGGCCAGGAGGGGAUAUGCAAUGGUGGCUCUCUCAACGUCCGAGACUUGUCGAUUGGGCCGACCCUCGUCGGAACAAUCCACCAAGUUUGGAUUCCAUGCUCAGGAGCCCUCCGGAUGGUCGAUGGAAGGUCGGAACUCCGGUUGCCCUUGAUGAGAAGAAUGUUUCGAAAGCGUUGUGGGCGCCAUCUUUUGCUGAUAUUGCUUUCUCGUCGGACCCCGUGGAAUGCGAACGCGAUGACUGCGCUAGCAGUAGAAGUCGUGCAGAGCAGUACGAGGUACGACAAAGCCAUAACGUUCCGACGCAAGGAAUGUACAAAUAUAUCGUCGAUCCCUGGCUGCAUUACGUCCCCAUUCAAGUAGACUAUUCGGACCUCCUAGACUCACUCUAUUUCUUCCGUGGCGACCCAUCUGGAAAUGGAGGACACCCUGAAUUAGCGAAGCGGAUCGCCAAGAAAGGUAGAGAAUGGAGUUUGACGCAGUGGAGGAGAGAAGAUUUGACUGCAUAUCUGUUCCGGCUUCUUCUCGAAUAUGCAAGGGUUAUGUCUGUCGAGAGGGAGAAUGGCGAACUUGACUAUAGCUAUAACUCCGAGGAUGAAGUGGAUUCUUUGCUUGGAUCAGAUACCGCGAUGGUCGACGAGCCGCAGCAGGCGUUUAGACUGGUGAUGCUUCAGAAACAGGAGGGACGGAGGAAGCUCCGAGUCCGGGCGUUGGCGUGA